AUGGCGGCGAGCAGCGUGAGCAUGUGGGCCGGCAAGGCGAUCGUCGAGGUCGGCGACCUCGUCAUCCUCUUCGAGACGCACAACAGCGUCACGUACGCCUUCAUGGAGAAGGACGGCUGCUACCAGAACCGCCACGGCGCCUUCCACCACAACGACAUGAUCGGCCAGCGCUUCGGCACCAAGGUCUACUCGCGCAUGUCCAAGGGCUACAUCUUCAUCCUCGCGCCGACGCCCGAGCUCGCGAUCCUCUUCAACACCCACUGCGCGCCCGGCAAGAUCGUGGUCGAGUCGGGCACGGGCAGCGGCGCCCUGACGACGUCCUUUGCCCGCGCGAUUCAGCCCAGCGGCCACGUGUACACGUUCGAGUUCAACGCGACGCGCGCCCAAGUCGCCAAGGAAGAGUUUGCUGCGAAUGGCCUCGACAAGGUCGCGACCGUCGAGUGCCGGGACGCGUGCGAGCAAGGCUUUCCCGAGCACCUCAACGACAAGGUCGACGUCGUCUUCCUCGACCUCCCGUGCCCGUGGAAAGCUGUGGGCCAUGCGAAGCGCGUGCUCAAGACGGGCGGCGCGUUCGCGUCCUACUCGCCGUGCAUGGAGCAAGUCCAAAAGACCUGCGACGCCCUGCGCCUCGACGGCUUUGACCGUAUCCGCACGAUCGAGACGCGGCUCAUGACGUACACGGCGCGCACCGUGACGCUGCCCGUGCCCGACUUUGGCACGUCCGACGCCGCGGUCGCCAACGCGAUCGCCGAAGCGUCGGGCGAGAAGCGCAAGCGUAUGCCGGAGGGUCCCGAGGCGGAGCUUCCGACGCACACGCUGGCCAAGCGCGACGAAGAGAUGCGCGGCCACACGGCGUUCUUGACGUUUGCCUACAAGUUUUAA